UUAAAUAUAUCUUUAAUAUCAAAAAAUAUAUAACUUAUAUUUUAAAUAUAUUCUCUAUUAUUUAUUGAAAUUUUCGAAAUUUUAAUAUAUAAAAUUUCGAAAUUUUUUUAAUUUUUUCCAAAAGUAAUAUAUUUAUUUAUUAUCAAAAAAUACAUAUAUUAAAAUGUCGAGAGAGUUCGGUAGAAGGUCCGUGGAUAUGGGCGCCGUGAACCGAAGUUUGAGGAGAGGCAAAGCUAAAGCCACCUCCGACGGUUCGACCUCAUGCGAUUCUCAAGGAAGACACUCCGUCUCUUCCUUUCCUACUAUCCCCGAUCACUUAAUCGGGGACGCUAUGACGAAUGAAGAAUUCGACGAGAUUUAUUCUGGUAGAGGGGACGCAAAUCUCCCCACUCUUGAUAGUGUAUUCGAAGAUCUUGAUGAAGCAGGACUGGAUAAUCUAGACGGGGACGAGGAGCCUACACCGCAGAGCAACGACGUCGACGUGGAGGCAGGUGAGCCCGAGACCUCACGAGGUCCGGACAAAGGUAAAAAAAAUAUAAAUCAGAUUUAUUUGUUUAUCAUUUUGACAAAGAAACAAAAGAUGGCGUAGUUUAUGGAACUUGUAAACAUUGUGGGACCGUCAUAAAAAUGGGAGUUUCCGGCGGUUAUGGCGGUCCGGAAAAGGGAAGCGUGCUCAUUCUUCGACGAGUUCAAGUGGUACAACAGUAAGCUCCCACAACGAACUUGCUAUGUACCAGGGUGUGCCAUGCGAUUAGGACGACGACGACGUGGAUUUUGAUGUGCUCGGAUGGUGGAAGCGGACAAGUGUUAUCCGUUCCGGUAUCAACCGUAACAGUUGAACGAGAAUUCAGUGCUGGCGGCAACAUUCUAACCGACUUUCGAAGUUGUCUUAGCGCUGAAUCUUUUGAAACACUGGUUUGCAACCAAGAUUGGCUCUUGGCAAGACGUCGAGCUCAAGAGUCAUC